AUGUCACCCCUCCAACCAAGCCUCCCAACCUCCCUCCUCUUAACCUGCGCCGCAACCGCCAUCUCCCUCCCCAUCCUAAUCCAAACCCUCCUCACGCACCUCUCCGCCUACAACACUGCCCCCCAAGACCUAAACACCUACCUAUCCGUCCUCGAAUCCAGCAUUUUAGAAAAUGCCUCUUACGACCACGAUAUCAGUCGAAUAUCCAAAUUAGAAGAUAAGCUCCGCUUAGCAGGCAUGGUACGAGAAAUCCAAAAAAGCGGCGAUGAGUUACGAGAGCUUUUGGAUAAGAUGGUGAGGACAGAAGAUCACAAGAGGUUGAGAUUCGGUUCGAGGGUAUUAUGGGGAACGAGGCGACGGGAUUUGGAGGAACGAGUGCGCAAAUUGGAUUUGUUAAGGAUGCGGUUUCUGGUUGUGUAUCUUGGGAUGGUGGCUGCGAAGACGGAGGUGGUACUUAAGGAGAAAGAAAGGGAAAAGGAAGAUGCGGAUAAAGUUUCUAGUAUGGGGAUUGGAUCCCUCGGUUCUCCUAUUCGGAGUAGAACACUUCCGAGUAAUUUGAGUGAGAAUAUUAAACGUACGCCGCCGUUAAGAAGGAUUACCAGUAAUGCUAUAGGACAUAAUGAGGGCACUGGAAGUCCACAGAGAAGUGGUUGGAUGGGGGUUGUGAAUGAAUUGCAGAGCAGUCCUUUGAUGCAUAAGAGGAGAGCAUCAGUGGAACAAAGUUCUUCAAUUGGAAGUCCGAGAAAUGAGAAGUUUGCUCAUUUUCCUUAG